AUGGCAGAACCAUCAUCGCACAACUUCGAGACACUCGGGCUUCAUGCCGGUUACUCCCCGGACCCGCAUACUAGAUCAACGGCGGUCCCCAUAUAUGCAACAUCUAGCUUCACCUUCAAUGACUCUGCCCAGGGAGCACGACUCUUCGGCCUGAAGGAACUCGGUAAUAUCUAUAGCCGUUUGAUGAACCCGACCGUCGAUGUCUUUGAGAAACGAAUCGCCGCGUUGGAAGGAGGAAUUGCCUCAGUUGCAACAUCCUCUGGUCAAGCCGCGCAGUUCCUUACUAUCUCCACUCUCGCAAAGUCUGGCGAUAACAUUGUCGCCAGCUCUCAUUUGUAUGGAGGGACCUAUAAUCAGUUGAACGUCUUGCUUCCACGAUUCGGCGUGACGACCAAAUUCGUGCGCAGUGGAAAGCUCGAAGAUUUCGCGGCUGCCAUUGAUGAAAACACCAAAGCUAUCUAUGUCGAGAGUAUGAGCAAUCCUGACUAUGUAGUUCCGGACUUUGAGGCUAUUGCUCAAGUUGCCCAUGACCAUGGGAUCCCCCUUGUGGUUGACAACACUCUCGGAGCAGGAGGGUACUAUAUCAGACCCAUCGAGCACGGUGCAGACAUUGUCGUGCACUCCGCAACCAAGUGGAUUGGCGGACACGGCACCACGAUCGGCGGUGUUAUCGUCGACAGCGGCAAGUUCGACUGGAACAAAAACUCCACACGGUUCCCUGAGAUGGUUGAGCCAUCGCCUUCGUACCAUGGACUCAAAUACUGGGAGGCAUUUGGUCCAGCGACCUUCAUCACACGCAUCCGAGUAGAAAUGCUCCGGGACAUUGGAGCGUGUCUGAGUCCAUUUUCCGCCCAGCAACUUCUCCUCGGAAUCGAAACUCUUGGUCUGAGAGCCGAGCGACAUGCUCAGAAUACUACUCGGCUUGCACAGUACUUUGAAUCCAGCCCGCAUGUCAGCUGGGUGCUCUGGCCCGGGUCCAAAUCACACCCCACUCAUGCGCAGGCUCAAAAGUACCUCACCCGAGGGUUUGGGAGUAUGCUCAGUAUUGGGGUUCACGGUGGAGCGACUGCAGGAAGUCAAAUCGUGGAUGGUUUGAAGCUCGUUUCAAAUCUGGCCAAUGUGGGCGAUGCGAAGAGUCUCGCUAUCCACCCGUGGACGACGACCCAUGAACAGUUGGCGGAGGACGAAAAGAAAGCGUCGGGUGUCACAGAGGACAUGAUUCGUAUCUCGGUUGGGAUUGAACAUGUCGAUGAUAUCAUUGCCGACUUCGAGCAAUCUUUCCAGCACUUGGGCAGUGAGGGGCCUGGAGCCCAUUAG